AUGGGCGUGGAUAGAUGGGAUCUGACUGGGCAAGACGGGAGGACGAUGGGGGAAAGAAGAUACCAGGCGUUCUCUCUGCGCCUUCUAUCACGCUCACGCUCCCUAUCUGAAAUCGAAACUCUCAAGCAAACUAGCAACAGAGACAGCAGCGAGAGGAAGAGCACAGAGCGAGUGGAGAAAAGGAUCGGAUCACCCACAACGCCUUUAAGCUUAGAACGGAGUCACAAUUUUGCGGUUUGCGGCUUGCGGCUUGCGGAAUUGCGGACGGGAGAUGGAGUUGCUAUGUAUGGAGCGGCGAAAGUAGUGUCCAAAAGGCGAAAAAUGAAAACCAACCAAGAUGCACGUACAGAGUACGGGAGCAGUAGGUGGGAUUGUAACAACGCCUGCUGUACGAAGCCUGUAUACUCCAUACAUACGGGGGAGGGGGGGGCCCUACCAGGGAUUGGGGCGAUAGGAUGUAUUAUAGCGCAAGAAGAAAAGGUGAGUGACAGGUUGCUGGCCGGGGACUAUCGGCGGGUUGCUGCAUCAAAACCUUUAGCAGCUGGAGAAACGAUAGAUCCAGCCUAUAACUUCGUACCACGGUGUCCAUCAACGAAUUCCAUCAAGAGGGAACAAACUGAAGGCUCCAGGGAGGUAGGGAAGAGCAUGCCAAAUCUCCUUAAGUUUUUCUCGGGGCGAAUCAACGCCUUAACCGAGUCAGACCCAUCAACCUAUGGGACAAAAAAGCAUCAUAUCAGGUGCAGGCAAGCUCAACACGCGGCACAGAACUCCUCAGACCCAAGGCGUAUCUAG